AUGACUGACUGCACCCAACACACCGCGGACCGCAGAGUCCUCUUCGACGGCAGCGAACCUUGGCGGGGGAACUGGCAAUCAGACAUCGCCCCUAACAACAACAGCAUUGCCUAUGUCGCGCUCAGCCGCCAUGUCCACCUCAAGCAGACCGAACUCCACGGCUGGCUCGACCGCAAAAGCAUCAACGACCGACCUUCUGCAAGUAUCGCUACAAACGGCGCUGACAACCAUUGGGACUUGACUCAGUACGAUGCGAUAGAACUCGUGCUGGGAAAGUCCGACGGCAAGGUAUACACCAUCGCACUAACCGACCAUAAUGGAGUUUUCUGGGAGGCCAAGUUCCGACAUGAAAAUAACAAGGGGCUCACAACAUCCGUCCCCAAGGUCAUCCGGCUCGAUAGCUUGAGGCCGAGGUACGCAAAUGCGGAGUCAGUGGCACCCCUGCAGUUGGGCAAUAUCAGGAAAUUCGAACUCUCCUUUCCAAGCAUGAACGGAAAGCAGGAAGGGUCCUUCACCAUUAGUAUACAUUCGAUCAACGCGGUGAAACUUCCAUGUGUAUGCGCUGCAACGCCCGACCCAAAGCUCGAUGAGCCUGUUAAAGGGUGGAAAAAGGCUUGGGGGAAAGUUAAAUACGCAACAGCGGAACUUGCAUUCAAGCUGAAGUUGAGAAAGCCCAAGCCGAGACUGCGAAGGCGGUUCUUUCGGUGA